UUUUGCAUAUCUUAAUUCUAUUCUUAUAAAUUGAUUAGUAAACAUAAAUAUUUAGAGAUAAUUUUGAUUAAUUAUGAAUACAAAGUUAUUAUUUUUAAAAUUAUGUAAAAAUUUUCUUUUUUAAUUGCUUUUUAUUUGGCAAAAUUGAAUUUUGUUACGAUUUUUUUUAAAGACUUAAAAAAUGCAUACCAAAGAAAAGAAAGUAUGGAAGAAAAACCUGUACGAAAAUGAAGGUUUUCCCGACAAUUAUACGCAUAAAACAUUUUUAAAAGAUUUAAAACGUAAUGUUCAACUACGUGAAGUGAGUUUAUGGGACGCAAUGAUUGGUGCUGGUCUAUUUACACAAGAAAUCUGUUCCAUUUGCCUAUUUUCUGUAACAUUUGUAUAUUUACACAACGAUUGGGGUGAUCCACAAAUCAUAUUUAUAUACACGAGUUUAAUCACUUUGAUUGGAUUUGCGCUGUAUCGAUUGGUAUAUGGAGAUGGUAUAAUAUCAGCGAUUGGGCAAGAUAUACGAACUGUGCUAAUAUUUUUAGUAUUCGGGUAUAUUUCAUCGCCUGUAUUACAUACGCUAACGGAUACUGUUAGUACGGACACAAUAUAUUCAAUGGCUACUUUUAUGAUGAUCAUACAUUUGAUAUUUUUUGAUUAUGGUAUAUCAGCGGCGAUUGUGUCAAGUUCUCUAUCACUAAAUGCAGCAAUUUUUGGAUCAAUUUGUUUAGCGUCACGUUUGUCAUCGCCAUUUCACGCAUUUGUUUUAAUGACAAUUGCAGUUGAAUAUUUUACCCUAUUCCCGAAAUUUCGAUCAAUUGUUUCUAACCAAGUACCUUUGAUUUUUAUAAUGGUCCUCCUUAGUAUUUAUUUUUUAUACUCUUUAUCCAUGGUUUGUACAGUAGUUUUUAUAUUAUUUAUAAUUUUUACAAAUAUAAUGUGCCCAAUAUGGUUUUUACGAUGGUAUCGAUAUAAGGAUAAUAUAUAUGGACCAUGGGAUGAAGCGGUUGUUGAAGAGACGCAAGAUAUUGAAGACUUAAUUUCGUAUUAACAAAAAUAUAAUAAUAGCAAAAAAAAAAGUUACAAUUACAAAAAGUAUUAAGACACUUAAUUAUACGAAGAAUUUA